UACUCUUUUUUAAUAAUGAAUCAUAGUGUUACGUAUAAUUAUACAAACAAAUGAAGUGAAUAAAUAAUACUAUUGUAACGUAUGAAGAUAAUUCCGAUGCAAUUAAAAACUUUAUCCAUCAGGUAACGAAAUUGGUUAGAAUCAACACGAUGGAUAUUCAUCGAACGUUAUUUUUUAUUGCAAGCAUCGCAAUUAUUUUAAACAGUGGAUAUACGAAGGAUAUUUUAGAAGGUUUAGACGAAUCCCAAACGUAUGAUGACCAACUCGUUUCGAAAGAUUAUCGACUGCCAAAUUCUAUGCAUCCAACUUCCUACGAAAUUAAUCUAUUUCCAAAGUUAAUUGGUGAUUUUUCGUUUCGAGGUGAAGUCAAAAUCAAUGUUACAGUAGAUGAACCAACAAAAUUAAUUGUCCUUCAUUAUGGAAGUAUAUUCAAUGUAAUCUCGUCGGUUAGUGCGGAAAAUGUCAAAUUGGAAAUUGUAGAUACGAAUUAUGAUAAUGAAACUGAAAAAUAUAGUAUUUUAUUAAAGAAAACUCUUAAUAAAGGAAAUCAAAUAGUAUUAACAUUCACCUAUGAUAGUUAUCUUAGAAAUGAUAUGAUAGGAUUUUACAAGAGUUCUUAUAUAACUGAUGACAACAUGGUUAAAUGGUUGGCAGCAACUCAAUUUGAAACGACACACGCGAGACAUGCUUUCCCAUGCUUCGACGAACCUGGUUACAAAGCAACAUUUAAAAUAAGUUUGACACGAUACAAAGAAUUUACUAGUAUUAGUAAUAUGCCUUUGGAAAAUACCCAAAAAAUUUCAUCAGAUUUGUUUAAGGACAAUUUUAAAACGACCGUUCCUAUGUCGACGUAUCUUGUAGCAUUUGCCAUAUUCGAUUUUGCGAAAAAUAGUUCAGAAAUUUUGACAGUUUGGGCAAGACCAGAUAUGCUCGAUCAAACACGUUAUGCUUUGAAAAUUGGUACAAGUGCAUUGAACUAUUUACAAAAGUUGUUCGAUCAACCAUAUGAAUUGCCAAAGAUGGACAUGGUUGCAAUACCUGAUUUUUCCGCUGGUGCUAUGGAAAAUUGGGGUUUGAUUACUUAUAGAGAAUCACGAAUGCUUUAUGAUGAAAAAGAAUGUUCAGUAGUUGCACAACAAAAUGUAGCUUCUGUUAUUAUACACGAAAUCACUCACAUGUGGUUCGGUAAUUUACUUACACCAUCCUGGUGGAGUUAUUUAUGGUUGAGCGAAGGUUUUGCCAGAUAUUUUCAAUAUUUUGGUACAGCAAAGAUUGAAAAUACUUGGAGUAUGGAAGGACAAUUCUUAGUGGAACAACAUCAAGCUGCUUUGGGUGUUGAUGGGAUUGAAGAUUCACAAUCGAUGACAAGAAUAGUUAACAAUCGAUCUCAAAUUGCUGGAAUUGCAGAUUCUAUAACAUAUGCCAAAGGUGCUAGUGUCAUUCGUAUGUUAAGCCAUUUUAUUGGUAUUAAUAAAUUUCAUGAAGCUUUACGAUUAUAUGUUCGUGAAAGUAAAACUAGGGGCGUCGUCAAACCUGAAAACUUAUGGUUAGCUUUUCAAAAUAUCGUUGAUUCUUCAAAUAUUGUUAUCGAAACUAUUAUGAACAAUUGGACGAAGGAGCCAGGAUUUCCUGUAUUAUCAGUGACCAUUGAAAAAGGUAAAGCAACGUUACAACAAAAACGUUUUCUCUUAAGAAAUCUCAAAUCUACGUCUGUAAAUAAAAAUUGGUGGAUACCGAUUACUUGUACUACGAAAAAGCAAACGAAUUUCGAAUCAACCGAAGUUAAACAUUGGAUGAAAGAUGAAAAAGAGACGAUUCCUAUCGAUGUUUCUGAUCCGGAUUGGGUAGUGUUCAAUGUACAACAAACUGGCUUUUAUCGUGUCAAUUAUGACAAUGCUUCUUGGUAUCGAAUUAUUGAUACACUAAAUAGUAAUAACUUUACAAAAAUACACGAAUACAAUCGAGCAGGUAUCAUAGAUGAUUUGUUAAAUCUUGCUAGAGCUGGAUUAUUAGAUUAUCAAGUUGCUUUAGAUGGUUUACAAUAUCUUCGACAAGAGAAAAAUUAUUUACCAUUCAAAGCUGCAUUCAGAGGACUUGAUUAUCUCACUCAACGAUUUUCUGGCGAUGAAACUAAUUACAUUUUGUACAAGAAACACGUUUUAUCACUUAUCGAAAAUAUUUAUCAAGAACUCGGUUAUGUUGAUCGAAAAAAUGACGAUAGAUUAACUGUACAAUUACGACGAGAACUUAACGAUCUAGCAUGUAAAUUUGAUCACGAACAAUGCGUUUCUAAUUCAUUGGAAUUUUUCCAAAAUUGGAUUAACGCGACUUCUAAUAAUCGAAUAGAACCGAAUCAACGAUCGGCAGCAUAUUGUAUGGGAAUACUUCAUGGUGAUUCGGAGGAUUGGGAAAAUUUAUGGAAUCAUUACAAAACAUCUAAAGUUGUAUCUGAACAAGUGGUUGUAUUAAAUGCUCUUGGUUGCAGCAAAGAUGUCGAUAUCUUAGAACAAUAUCUUCGAUAUGCCAUUACACCUUACGAAGUAUUUAGAAUUCGCAAACAAGACAGUACCAGUGUAUAUUCAGCUGUUUACAGUUCAAGCAUUAUCGGAAUUAAUACUGUUCUCGAUUUCGUUGAUAAAAAUCACGAUUUAAUGGCACAAUAUUAUGGUAGUUACGAUACGAUUGCAAGUAUACUUUCAGGACUAUCUCGAUAUCUUUCUACGGAUGAAUUAAUAAACAAAUUCGAAAAAUUGAUUAAUAAACAUACAGAAUUUUCUAAAAUAAAUAAAUCAUUGACCAACUCUUUGGAAUUAGCCAAAUACGAAUUGAAUUGGUACAAGAAUAAUGUUGAUCAUAUUAUCUCAUGGAUAAAUGAUAACAAUCAUGAAUCUGAUAAUCCAAUUAUCAAUGAGUAUCGUUUACCGAAAAAUAUCAUUCCAGAGAAAUAUAUACUCAGUUUGGAACCUUUUCUCAAUCUUGACAAUUUCACUUUCAAUGGUAACGUUCAAAUUGUAGCUACGGUUGUUAAAAAAACUAAUGAAAUUGUUCUACACGCAUCCAAUAUUACCAUACAUAGCGUUAAUGUCAUAGUCAAUAAUGAAAAAGUUAAUAUUACUGAUAAUUAUGAAAGUGAUUAUGAUUUUUACGUGAUCAAACUGGAGAAUGAAUUAAAUGAGAAAACAGAAGUGAAUAUUAUUUUCCGAUACACUGGUAAUCUGAAUAAUGCAAUGGAAGGAUUUUACAAAAGUUAUUACUUCGACAGUGAUGGAAAUAAAAGAUGGUUAGCAACUACUCAAAUGGAACCAGUAGGAGCCAGAAAAAUGUUUCCAUGUUUUGACGAGCCAGAAAUGAAAGCUAUCUUUGCUGUGGAAGUUUUAGUACCAGAUGGUUAUCAUGCUAUUAGUAAUACCGAUCCGAAAGAGAUCAAGAAGUUAAUAAAUCAUAAAACUACUAAAAUAUUGUAUCGUUUUGAAGAUACGGAAUUGAUGUCAACGUAUUUAUUGGCAUUAGUGGUUUCCGAUUUCAAUUACGAAUAUCAUGAAAGUGACAAAAAUUAUACAAUAUGGUUUAGACCUAAUUCAUUUAAUGAAACAUCUUAUUCUCUCUCUUUGAUGGAACCUCUUGUUAAAACUUAUGAAAAAUUAUUGAAACACAAUUACACAUUGAACAAACUCGACAUGAUAGCAAUACCAGAUUUAUCAUUCGGUGCUAUGGAAAAUUGGGGUCUUCUCACAUUCAGAGAACACUAUUUACUUUUACAAUCUAACGAAACGAAUAUUCGUGAUAUUCAAACUGGAACUAAUAUAAUAUCUCAUGAAAUUGCUCAUCAAUGGUUCGGAAAUUUAGUUACUCCAUCAUGGUGGAAAUAUGCUUGGUUGAACGAAGGUUUUGCAACAUAUUUUGAAUACUUCGGUACAUCUUACAUAAAACCUGAAUGGGAAUUAGAAUGGCAAUUCGUGGUAAAUGAACUUCAUACUGCAUUUAAAAAAGAUGCUUUAACGUCUAGCCAUCCUAUGUCUUAUGAUGUUUCAACUCCUACAGAAAUAGUAAACAUUUUUGAUAAAAUAACUUAUGCCAAGGCUGGAAGUGUUAUAAGAAUGAUCGAAAAGACUUAUGGCAGUGAUGUUUUUUACGCUGCAUUGCAAAAUUACUUAGAAGAACGAAAGUACAAUAUAGCAACUCCGGAAGAUCUUUACAAAGCUAUCUCUAAUCAAUUAACUGACAAAAAGUCUGCAAAUGGUGUAAGAAAAUUUUUAAAUUCAUGGACAACUCAGGCUGGAUAUCCUGUUGUCAAUGUUACAAUCGAUUCAAAUGGUAUGGCAACUCUAUCACAAGAACGAUUUUUCUUAAGAAAGGAAGAAGGUGAAUCUGUUAAAAAUAUUUGGGAAAUACCGAUCACAUGGACGUCAGAAAAAAAUCCUAAUUUUGACAAUACGAAACCACAAUUUUGGUUAAAUCAGAAUGAAAUGCAAAUAAUGACGGACAAUAGCGAUGGUUGGAAAAUUUUCAACAUACAACAAGCUGGUUAUUAUCGUGUUAAUUAUGAUCUUGCUAAUUGGAAGCGUAUCAUUGAUGCUUUGAAUCAACAAAAGUUUCAUAAGAUACACAAGGUGAAUCGUGCCGCGUUAAUAGACGAUCUCAUGAAUCUUGCUAGAGCCGGAUACGUUGAUUACGAUUUACUAUUCUCAGCUACGGAAUAUUUGAAAUACGAAAAUGAUUAUUUACCUUGGCGUGCAUUUUUCAAUGGUUUAACAUACUUGCAUAAUAAAUUGGAAGGAAAAGAAAUUUUCCAAUCAUUGAAGUAUCACGUUCUAAAACUCAUCAAUUCGGUAGUUGAAAAAUCAUUAACUGAUGAGUCUCAUUUAUCUGAUCUUUUACUUAUGGACUUACACAAAUGGGCCUGUAAAUAUGGAAGCAUACAUUGCAUUCAAAUGAAGAUAUCACCGAAUGAUAGACCUGGUAAAUAUUGUGAACAGGUUAAAAAUCAUUAUUAUUUUAACGCCUUUUGGGAAAAAUAUGUAAAUUCUACUGUCACAUCAGAAAAACGUGUAAUUCUUAAGGCAUUGGGUUGUACAGAACAUACCCUUCUUAUUAACACGUUGUUAAAUAGAGCGUUAACGAAAAAUUCCGAUAUAAGAUAUGGAGACAGCAUUGGGGUUUUUGCUUCAGUUUACGAGAGCUCCCAAAUUGGUGUAAAAACUGUUCUGAGAUAUUUGACGAUGGCGUUUGAAAAUGUUUAUCAAUAUUAUGAAGAUGAAUCUGCAAUACAAAGUAUUAUGGGAGGACUCGCAGAAAGAAUAUCAACAGAAGAGCUUUAUGAACAGUAUAAAUAUUUGACGAAUUAUAUUGUGAGCAAAGUUCCAACGUUAAAUAAUACUUUACAAUCAUAUAACGAUCUUAUACUUUACGAACUUAAUUGGUAUAAAAAAAAUAUACCAAAGAUAUCAUAUUGGUUGGAAAAGUCUUAUCCUUUAAAUAAUGAUCGUUUACCUACAACACUUUAUCCACUUAAUUACAAUCUCUCGAUAAUCAUAAAAAACAAUGAAUUACCUCAAGGAUCCGUUGAAAUAAAUAUUCGAGUCGAUAAACCAACAUACAAAAUAAUUCUUAAUUCUUAUGAACUCGAUAUUCUACCAACGAUAAUGGUUUAUGAAACUCCUAUUGGAAAUAUUGACGAUGAUCGGAAAUAUUUCAACAUUCUUGGUUAUCAAUUAAACGAAAAAAAUCAACAGCUGAUCAUUUAUCUUUCUAAUUAUAUCGAAGUACCAAAAAUAACCGUGGCAAUAGAUUUUGAAAAUAUCAAAAUCAAUAAUAAAGAAAUGAAAGGAUUGUAUAGUGCUAAAUUCGAACGCUACAAAUAUUACACUUAUUAUGCCACUUAUUUCCAACCAAAUUAUGCCAGAAUGGCAUUUCCAUGCUUUGACGAACCAUCUUUCAAGGCCAAGUUUAAAAUUCAUAUCUUACGAUUCAAGUUUUAUAAAAGUUUAAGUAAUAUGCCUCUUGAAAGAUCAUAUCCUAACGACACGGAUUACACGUGGGAUAUUUACAAGGAAAGUUUCAAUAUGUCUACGUAUUUAGUGUCAUUCGUUGUUGGUAGUUUCCUGCCAAUUAAUAACGAUAAAGAAAAAUUCAAUAUUUGGGGAAGAAGAGAUGCCAUUGAUUAUGGUGAUGAAGCACAGUAUGCUGCUUAUAAAUAUUAUAAAAGUAUUAAUCAAAAAUUUAUACAAAUGGAUGAAUUAGAAAAAUUAGAUUUUAUCGGAUUGCCAAACUUUCCAAUAGGGGCGAUGGAACAUUGGGGUCUUUUUACUUUUAGGGAAUCUCAACUAUUCUAUGAUAAAAAUAUUGCACCUUCAUCGCAAAGAUAUUCCAUAUUGACAACAAUAUCACACGAAAUGUCUCAUAGAUAUUUUGGAAAUCUGGUUACUUGCGAAUGGUGGAGUUAUACUUGGUUGAACGAAGGAUUUGCCCAAUAUCUUCAAUGGUUGCUCCUAGAAGCAGUAGAUGAGACUGAAUUUAUAAAUCAUUUUAUGGUUAAUGAUAUGCACGAUGCUUUUGAUAUCGAUGGUUUCAUAUACUCUCAUCCAUUGAAUUAUCCUGUUUCGCAUCCUAAAGAUUUAAGAAAACCAUUUGAUGUAAUCUCCUAUAAAAAAGGUGCUAGUAUUAUUCGCAUGCUUCAUACGCUCGCUGGAGAAAACAACUUUUAUUAUACCAUUAGGAGAUAUCUUAAUCAAUAUAAAUAUGGAACAGUUAAUCCAAAUAAACUUUGGGAUGCUUUAGAUGGUUAUAUACAAAGGAAUGUUUCUUUAGAAACAACGAUGAGUGAAUGGGUUGAUAAACCUGGUUAUCCCGUCGUAUCUAUCUAUUACUCUAAACCAGGAGAAAUUAGGAUUACUCAGGAACGAUUCUUGUAUUACACAUAUUAUGGACCUUCUCACUUCCACAUACCCAUUUCCAUAGCUACAGAGAAUAAUCCAGAUUUUGAUAAUACCAAGCCACAAUUUUGGUUAAGCAGAACUGAAAAGACAUUUGAAUAUGAUUUAAAAAAUCAAUGGAUUGUAUUAAAUGUACAACAAGUUGGAUAUUAUAGAGUGGAAUAUGAUAAUAAUUUAAUGAUAAGAUUAAUAAAUGUUUUAAAUAGUGCCAAUUAUAGAAUGAUUCACGUGAUAAAUCGUGCACAAAUUAUCGAUGAUGCAUUCAAUUUGGCUCGAUCUAGAAAUACAUAUUCUAAGGCUCUCAAAUUGGCACUUUAUUUGCGUCAAGAAACUGAACAUUUACCUUGGAAGGCAUUCGAACGUGGUAUCAACUAUCUCUGGGAACAGGUAAGACAUUCUGAAAAUACCGAGCGUCUUCAGAAAUACGUGUUGUAUUUAACGGAUGAGCACGUUCAAAGACUUGGAUUUAAUGACACUAAUGAUGAUUUUGAUACAAUGGAAAAACGUGGUAAAGAAAAUCAAUUAAACAGAGAAUUAAUACUUAAAUUAAAUUGCAAAUUUGGUGGUAAAGCUUGUAUCAACGAAUCGAUAAAUAUAUUCAGGAAUGCUUUGCAUUUCAAAACAAUUUCACGGAAUGCCAAACCUGCAGUCCUUUGUACAACCAUAAAACAUCGGUAUGAAACUGAUUGGAUAAGAUUAUGGACAGAAUAUACAGAAAUAAAAUUACAUUCUGAACAACUUAUUUACUUAGAUGCUUUAGGAUGUACAGAAAAUGAUUAUAGUUUAAAUAUAUAUCUUGAACACAUCUUCAAUCUUAAUGGAUUAGGAUACGUACGAAAAGAAGAUAUUCCAAGAGCUUUUGCAUCCAUAUACAAAUCUAGCGAUAAAGGAUGGAAAAAAUGUUAUCAAUAUCUAACUACUCAUUAUCAACAAAUUUAUAAUUGGAUGGGCAAUUGGAAUCAAGUUGGCGCAUUAUUUUAUCAAAUUAUAAUACGUAUUCCUGAUACACAAACACUUGAUAAGUUUGAAUUCUUUAAGCAAAAUAACGAGAAAGCUCUUGCACCAAUCUCUGCUGCAUUGUUAGAAGCUACAGAAAUUGCACAAAAAAUAAUAUUUACAAAUCAACGAUUGCCAUCACAAUUAGAAUCGAUAUUAGAAGAUUUAUUUAACCAGAGAAGACCGAACACGAAUAAUUCAAAUGGCAAUUCAGGAAGUUCAAAUUUAAACAUCGUUUUUCUUACCAUUCUAUCUUUGAUGUCGCUUCUUUUAUUCAAAUAGAAAUCAUUUUGUUUGAUAUAAAAACUGUAAAAAAGUAACAUAUGACAAAUAAUGUUAA